GUCAGAUGUGGCAACACUUGAUUUUUUUUUUUACUGCGUUGUCAUGGCGGCCUCCUUAGCUACUUUACAGAGAUGCUGCCAGCAGUCAGCUUGCAUCCUUGUUGCUAGGCGAUCUUGGAGCUCAAGCCCAGAAACUCUACAGCCUCUGCACAAAAGGCUUCUCCUCUACCUCACUCAGCAUUACUAUGAUAUAGAGAUAUUUCUUGGGUUGGGGUCUAAGUGGAAGAACAGGGAGCUUCGACGCAAGAAUAUGUAUUUUGGCUACACUCAAAAGUUUUAUGGACCAGACAUAGCAGCAGCUCAUUUUGUCUUGAGUCUCAAAGGAGGAUUUAGGUAUGUUGGCCAGCCAGACUGGUUCCGUGCUAACCAGAGGGGCAAGUUCAGCUGGGACUUUUUGAACCACAAAGGCACACAGUUAGAAGAAAUAGACAUGAGCAACACAGUCAUCACCUACAGAGGACUGGACAAUCUGGAAAAUCAGCGAAAUUUAAAGACUCUGUCUUUACGAGGAUGUCCGAACGUGGAUGACUGGUUCCUGGCCAGGCUCCACAUGUUCCAAGAGUCUCUGGAGGAACUUGACAUCUCUCACUGCCCAAACAUUACCACUGGUGGCCUACCUGCCCUCAACAAUCUCAAGACACUGCGACGUCUGGUAUUUCAUCUCUCCUGGAAUACAGUGUCUGGGUUGGUAAUCAUCCUGCUGGAGGAGAUGUUACCACAUUGCCAGAUCACUGCUACUGGUUACAAACACACUGUGGUUCAAGAGGACAGAGCGGGUGUGGAGGAGAACAUGUAAGCUCAGAGACAUGAGAGAUCUUCAUAGGUUCUCUCGUUUCUGAUGACCCAAGACCGUAGCCAGAUCAGGUUCAAAUCUCAUGCUGUUGCUUUGGGUCUCAUACUUGUGUAUGCGGCCAAUGACCAAU